UUCACUUUAAGUUCGCGAGCGCGGAGCUUUUCAGAAAACACUCGCUCUCUCAGACACUAUGCUAUCUCAAAUUCUCUCACGAAACUUUCACAAAACCCUCGCUCUCUCAACUCUCUCUCACAUCGAUGAAGCACAUCUCCCUCUCACCAUCCACCGAGUUUGCAGAGAUCGCCAUCUCCAUCGCGUCAUUCAGUCCACCGAGCUCACCACGUUCAGUCCACCGAACUCGCCUCGUUCGCCAAAAUUUAUUCUCUCCCUCUGAAAACGAACCAAGCUCAAGCACUAAUUUGAAGGGAAAAACUCCAAGUAAUCUCUCUCUCUCUCUCCCUCUCUCUCUCUCUCUGUUUUCUUCUUCUCCUUUUUUGAUUUUUUUAAUUUUAAUGAGGGUUUUAAUGUCAGAUCUGGUUAUGAUUGGCUCGCGAACACUUUGCAAUGGGUUGCUGCUACAAGGAAGCUUACUCAGUGGUCAAGAAAGAGUGGAGGGGGGAAUACAACAACUUGGAAAAUGUGCAAGGAAGGCGGAGCUAACUCAUACAUCCAAGAACAAAUUGAUGAAGUUUGUAUCAAAUUAGUAGAAUUUGUGAGCAA